UGUUAUGGUACCAAGUACUGUACCAAGUAUUCAUCUAUCCAAUGUUCAAUUACUUGAUUUUUUUUCUACAGUUCUAGGGUGAGAGAAUUUAAAACGAUAUUCCACCAGCAAUAACUGACAAAUCAUCUGCAGCAAUCAGCGAGAGCUGUUGAAAAAAUGUUCAAAAUGAUUCAAACUUUAAAAUUCCUUUUCUCUUUUACCAUAAUCAGGCAGGUUUUAACUACGAAUGUUCAAUAUUCCUGGUCAGAAAAGGUCUUAGAAAACCCAACAACAUCCUGUAGACGUCUUGCGACUUUUUCGCGUCCAACCAAGUGCCUGGCAGCGUGCCUUAAUUCCUACGCCGUACUUCAUGCCGUGAGCUGGGACAAGGCGUCACUUUCGUGUGUGUGCUGCCCUAGUCCUUUAUUGGACUCUGAGGUGGCAAUGCCAGGGAACUGGCAGACCUACGUCGGCGGGACGUGCCUACUUGGGUACGAGCUCGUUGCCCCCAGUACCUGCUUUAGAUACAACUCCACUUCCGUCAACUAUCCAGUGGCCGACGCCCAGUGUAAGACCGAGGGAGGAGCCCUUAUUAGAAUAGACUCUGCCGAAAAGAACUCCUUGUUUACAAAUUUUGUCGAAAACCAUGUUAAUGACACUUCGGUAACAGAGGUAUGGGUCCAGGCCACAAGAAAAGGCUUACUCUGGUAUUUUGAUGACAACACACUCAUGGAAUUCGAUAAUUUCGGAGUUGGUGCAAAGAGUAACGGAAAAUUUGAAGUCAGAGCUAGGGCAAGAGGUGCACUGCUGUGGAAAUGGCAAGACGAUUUUAACUUUAGCAAAUUCGAUUUUGUUUGUGAAUCAAAGACGGUGCUACAUUGGACGACUAACGGGAUAGAUGCAGUGUGAAUAACCUAAAU